CAAUAUGUGCUGCUGCAUCUGUUGAUCAAUAAUUUUUCAGUAGUAGUCGAUCACAUCGAAGGCCGUUGGACAGUCUAACAAGUGGCUCUUGCCUGCCGUUUGUGUAUAAGUAAUACUGGCUUUCAGGGGAAAGGAACUGCUAUUGUAAAUAUUGCUGCUGUUGUAAUUUGGAACCAAAUUGGUCAGCGACAGAGGUGCAUGUGGGAGGAAAAACAUAAACAUUCACAGACACACAUACACAACUGCAGUUUCUCUGUCUCUUUUUCUCUGGUUUCCACCCACACACUACAGCCUCUGCACACGCACACUGCCGCUUCCACAGACACACUACCGCCUCCACAGACACGCACACUACCGCCUCCGCAGACACGCACACUACCGCCUCCGCAGACACGCACACUACCGCCUCCACAGACACGCGCACUACCGCCUCCACAGACACGCACACAUUGCUGCCUUCACACACACACACACACACACACACAUUGCCGCCUUCACACACACGCACACUACCACCUCCACAGACACACUACCGCCUCCACAGAUACUAAAGCUUCCACACGCACGCUACCGCCUCCACACUCACACGCUACCGCCUCCGCACACGCACACUACCGCCUCCACACACCCACACACUACCGCCUCCACUCACACAAAUAAACAAACAAGGGAACCGAGAUAUUACAAGGCUUUGUCCACUUCUGACCCUCACCCAUGUAUUCUUCAACGAGCUAUUGCGAUAUUAGUGGAGAUAUGUCAUGGAAUUCCAAAGAGAACUGUCUUGAGCGAAAAAAGGAUGUGUUUAAAGCUGUUUAUUCCUGUAUGGAAACAUGUACCAUUUUGAUGGAAAACCACACCAUCAACCAAAAGAACAAGAAGCAUCGCUCUAUGCUGAGAGUCUCUUCCUUGGCCAACCUACUCUCACCUGCAAAACCUGCGAAGAAAAUGGGACGAGCUUUACAGAAAUCUUUAAAUUUUAAAGUACCAUCAACAGCCUCCCCUAGUCUGAAGAUGGGCUCUGCUGCAUACAAACUACCUUUACCAGUAGCUGCCAAAUCUCGACUUGACCGGUCUUGGAGUGAAUCUGUGAAAUCUGAAAGGAUUACUGAUUUGUCUGUUCAAGAAAUUAAGCGCCAAGAGGCUAUUUUUGAGCUUUACCAAGGAGAACUGGAUCUAAUACAAGAUCUUGGAGUAGUAAAAACGACCUACCAUGAUUCUAUGAAAAAAUUACAUUUAUUAAGUAAUGAGGAGUUACAAAAAAUAUUUGGAUUUCUGGACUCUCUGAUACCAAUCCACCAAGCUUUAGUCGACAGAUUGGUUGUUCAAAGAUUACCUGAUGGAACCACUGAGGGUGUAGGAAAACAGAUCAAAGAAUGGGUACCCAGCUUGUGUCAAUACAUCCAAGUUUGUGCCAACCAGGUAUUUGCCAAGGCUUUGUUAGAUGAGAAGAAAUAUGAUGCAGGCGUUGAUGACUUUUUGCAAAGAUGUAUGGAAUCGCCAUUCAGCAGGAAACUGGACCUUUGGGGUUUACUCGAUGGACCUCGUGGUCGGUUUCUGAAGUAUCCGUUAUUGAUAAAGAGUAUCCAGAGAUAUACGAAUUGCGGAAGUGAAGAUUACCAGUGUCUCAAAGACUCAGUAAAACUCAUUGAAAAGCUGAUUGCUGAAGCAGAUGAGAAAAUUGGUGAAGCUAAAUGCACAUUAUACAAAUCAAAAUUGUCAUAUGUUUAUGAUGAUCAGAAAGUUGAUUCCGUUGAAGACUCAAAGGUUUUUGUUUGCAGUGGGAUACUGAAAAACAACAAAGGCACUAAACUCCAUGUGUUUCUGUUGGACAAAGUUCUCCUUGUUACACGGCCAGUCACCAAUAAUAGCCAGCGUGGCUUUCAAGUAUAUCGUCAGCCAAUUCCGGUCAGUACGUUGAAUAUAGAGGAUUUGAAAGACAACGAAGUGCGGAUGGGAUCCUUCCGGAAUGCUUUUGGGCAGGGAGGACAAACAGCAAAGAAUGUGUUUCGAGUCUCGUUUAUGGAUCCAAGCCAAGGUCAGUCCCACACGCUGAUUGCCACAGAUGAACACGACAAACGCCAGUGGCUGCAGUGUCUACGCCAGUCCAUAUCUAACCAGAGGCCCAACGGAAGCUGAACGCUCUCUGCAACCAUCCAAAAUAAGACUCAUCCCAUCUCUUCACCCACAACAAAAAAAAAAAAAAAUGAGAACAUUUAACAACAAAAACUAUCAAAAACUUUAAAACAAACAAACAAACAAAAAAAAAUAAUGGA